UCUGAAAUAGAAGUCACUCAAUGGUGAAAUCAUGUCCUGCAAGAAUCUUAUUGAGAUCCAACAGCUGACCAACUUGAAACAGACGUUUUUGAUAACAGUGGCAAUUUUAGAAGGUAGGUACUACGUAUGGCCCAACAUGGAUUCCUUAGUCAUAGUUCAAGCUUUGGGAAAGAAGGAAAGAACAGCUGUUGUCAAAAACUCCGACUGCCCCUUUUACAAUGAGUAUUUUACUUUCGACAAGAAGAUUGCUCUGCAUGAUCUGUUGAACUCUGAAGUGGUGGUGACGGUUAUCCAACCUAAAUCGUGUUUUAGAAGGCGCAAAGUUCUUGGGUUAUUCAGAUUAGAUGUUGCUACCAUUUGGGCUGAGCCAGAACAUCAGUUUUAUAAUAAGUGGGCUAUUUUGAAUGCACCAACUAACAAGGAAGGCCCUGGUUCUAGAGGAUUCUUGAAGGUGAACCUCACAGUAAUCACGAAGAAUGUUUCUCCUUCUUUGCCACCAGUUCAAGCAGAUAAUGAGAUUGAAGGGUAA